AUGGCAAAUAAAACUGCAUCGACAUUAUGGUUUUCCAUAAUAUCAACGAUGCAAUUUACUUCAAUGGCAUUCCUAAUUAUAUGCUGUGUAACAGCUCCAGUAUUUAAACAGAUUGGUUUAUCCAAAUAUAAUAACAUUACUUAUGGUGUGUUCGGUUACUGUGAUACUUCAGCAGAUACAUGUUCAAAGGCUUCUGCGUCUUAUGAUCCAUAUACUUUACAAAAUGACAGCGAUAAUACAAAUUGGAAAUUAUCGUCAAAGGCAAGAGAUUCAUUGGGGAAAAUUUUAAUUGUAACACCAAUUGCUGCUGGUUUGAAUUUUUUUUCGUUUUUAUUCUCUUUAUUCAUGGUUAUAAUGAGCUUUAUGUCCAGUGAAUUGGCUUCCGCCAGUGUCAUAUUUAUACUGCAUUUGUUUGUCGCAGGAAUUGGAUUCCUUGCAGCUACUUUGAUAUGUAUCGUAGUAUUUUUACUGUUUUACCCAAACGUAACAUGGUGUUCAUGGAUAUUGAUUCCUGCAGCCGCUUUACCAUUAGUUUCCAUCCCAUUAAUCUUCUUCGCUCAUUCAUACAGCACAUCGCCAAGCUACAAUGAUGAUUCAUCAAUCGAUGGUGAAGAUAGAGAAAUUGUAAGAAUCUUGGAUGAAGAUGAUAUGAUGAAGAAGCAAUAUGGCGAUAUCUCUAAAGGUAUUGAUGAGCCAAUUGAAAUAUCGCCAUUCAGUAAUCCUCAAAAUGGAUCACACGUCGAUUCAUCAUCUACUAUAGCGACUUCUAAUGUGGAUGAAAAAAUCUAUAAAAAUAACAGUAAUGCUAAUACAGAUGAAUUGGGAAAUGGUUUAGAAAAAUCUGAAACUGCUUAUUCUGCUAUUGAUAGUCAGAGGUUGCCAGUUAAGCAGAACUCUAUUCAUUCUCAUGAAAAGAAAAUUCCGUCAUUGUCAUCAACCUCAUCAUCCUCAUAUUCAGAUAAAGAAAGGUUCCUUGCCAAUCUUGUCAAGGAAUCUGAUAAUCGUGAAAUAUUUGGUUCAAAUGAUAAUGCAAGCGAUUCUGGCUUAACUUCUGUUUCACAACGUGGUGUCAAUCCAUAUUUCCAACAAGCUGCAAUGCAUCAUCAACCUCAACAACAACCUCAACAACCUCAACAACCUCAACAAAAUUUCAACAAUAAUAGAAAUCAAAUGCAAUAUCCAAAUUCACAAAUGAGAAACGUUAAUCAAUCACAACCUAGAUACAAUAAUCAUCAACCUCAGAAUAUGAGUUAUAAUCAAUAUAAUAAUGGAAAUGCGCCAAUGUACAAUAAUCAAAGAAAUAUGCAAAGGGCUAUGCCAAAUAAUUAUCAUAACCAAUAUCAGCAAAUGCCACAACAAAAUUACUAUCCACAACAGCAAUUUCAACCUCGUGCAAAACCUCAGUAUAAUAAUAAUUAUCCACCUCAGCAAAUGAUGCCAAAUGGUCGUCAGGUUACUUCAAAUAGGUAUCAACCAGCAUAUAAAAAAAUGCAAGGAAGAAAUAAUAUUCCUAAUGCAAGCGCUAUGGAUAAUGCAUAUAAUUUCAGAUAA